AUGCAGGACUCGGAAAUUGCAGCCUACGUGGCAUUCCCAUUCACACUGCUAGUUGUGGCUGCUAAUUUGUGGUUCGCAUACCAUCAUUACCGUGUUCCCGCCUAUUCCCCAAUAAAACUCUGUGGCUACACAGCCGAAUCAUAUGUCUUUGUAUUAGUUCUCAUCGCUCUCUUUGUUUACGUUGCCUUUGAGACAACCCUUUUCGUUCUUACACUGGUCGACCUAUAUGACUGGGCUACCUGGUGUUGGAGAUGGUCCAUAGGAGGAGCAUUUCUCUUCGAUUCUAUCUCUGUGAUAGCACCAAGCGACUCAUUACCAACACUACCAUGUCUGACCAUUCCACAACCGCUGCAGCUACAACUGCCUCGUCAAUUUAAACUGCUCCAACAUCGUGGCUUUUUGCUUGCGAUGGCGUCAAUAGAGGCGGUCUUUGUCAUCAUCGGUCCAGCGAUUCCUAAGCACGCCGUUGCGCAAUACCUUACUGUCGGUUUAAUCCUAUACCAUACUGUGUGGACUGUUUUGCGGCGAAGAGACUGGCUCCGCUUGGGAACAAGCUGUGCUGAGCUUUUCGGCGUGGUGCUUAUGUUUUGGACAAACGUGGCAUUUGUUGUUUUUUCUUGCUCCUCUGCUAUUAUCUACCUAGGAGCAAAGAGUUGGCUUCGACGACCCCUUUCCCUUAAGCCUAGGCCCGUGCAAGCUUCCGAUCCCUACUCUGAGCUACAAGAACCACCGGAUUCGGUUCAACACAAUAUCGUGUUUAUGGGCGAUACUAAGAUGAGAUCAAAAUCACUUCAGGAAAUAAUUGGCUGGGGACCGACUACUUGGGGAAUAAGUACAUUAGGUCCGUACGUGUACCCAACACGGAACGAUACCUAUCUCUUCAAUAUGAGCCCGCUAUUUAUAAAGGAUGAAAAAUACAGGUAUACUGUUCAGGAGUCUAUUGCUAAAAAUGCUACCGCGUUUGUCUUAGCUGUUGACCUAUGUCAUCGGCCUUCUCUUGUAUACCUUCAGAAUUUAGCGAAAUCAAUGGCAGCUCAGCCUGGACUCCUGGUGGUGUAUCGGUCUGCAAGUACAACGACCGAAAUUAUUGACGAUGAAGUAAGAGAUCUUGCAGGCCAACAUGGGUGGCUAUUGGAAACACCCCAGCGGGUGAAAGAUGGGUUUGAAAAGCUGCUUCAAGAGGUGGAUGAACGGUCGAGAAAGCAGGAUUAG